UAAUCAUAUGAUCGAAGUGGGUGAGUCCAGCGAUUCUUGUAGUGUCAAAAGAUUAUCUCUGAAUUUGUAAUUUAAAAUCUUCAAAAAUGAUGCAAGGAUGUAUGUUUAAUAUUGAUGGUGGAUAUUUGGAAGGUCUCUGCCGAGGAUUUAAGUGUGGGAUUCUCAAACAGGCUGAUUAUUUAAAUCUGGUGCAAUGUGAAACUCUUGAAGAUCUUAAACUCCAUCUUCAGGGCACAGACUAUGGAAGUUUCCUCGCCAAUGAGCCGAGCCCAUUGGCUGUCUCCGUUAUCGAUGACAAACUGCGGGAGAAACUCGUGAUUGAGUUCCAACAUCUCCGCAAUCAUGCAGUGGAGCCUCUCUCCACUUUCCUGGAUUUCAUAACGUACAGUUAUAUGAUAGACAACAUCAUACUGCUGAUCACGGGUACGCUGCAUCAGCGGCCCAUCUCCGAACUGAUACCCAAGUGUCAUCCUCUCGGCAGCUUCGAGCAGAUGGAGGCCAUCCAUGUGGCUGCCACUCCUGCAGAACUCUACAACGCUGUGCUGGUUGACACACCGUUAGCCCCAUUCUUCGUAGACUGCAUCAGUGAGCAGGAUCUGGAUGAAAUGAACAUCGAGAUCAUCCGUAACACUCUGUACAAGGCUUACUUGGAGGCAUUCUACGAGUUCUGCAAGAAACUGGGGAGCACCACCGCAGACGCCAUGUGCGAGAUAUUGGCGUUUGAGGCGGAUCGGAGAGCUAUUAUCAUCACAAUCAAUUCUUUCGGCACUGAGCUGACCAAGGAUGACAGGGCCAAGCUGUACCCUCGUUGCGGGAAGUUGAAUCCUGACGGAUUGGCAGCCCUGGCACGUGCCGAUGACUACGAGCAGGUCAAGCAGGUUGCUGAGUAUUACGCGGAGUACAGCGCUUUGUUUGAGGGAGCCGGCAACAAUCCUGGGGAGAAGACAUUGGAGGAUCGUUUCUUCGAACAUGAGGUGCACCUGAACGUGUACGCGUUUCUGCAGCAGUUCCACUAUGGCGUGUUCUUCUCCUAUCUGAAGCUGAAGGAGCAGGAGUGCAGGAACAUAGUGUGGAUCGCAGAGUGCGUCGCUCAGAAACAUCGUGCCAAAAUUGACAACUACAUCCCCAUCUUCUAGACGUUCCCCUGGUCCCACCCAUCUCCCUUGCAUUGAAGAUUUUAUUUUGAAAUGACAAAUCCGUUAAAAAUAAACUAGUGUCCCACUUCCAAAAAGAUUUGUAAAUCUAAGUAAUCGUCAUUGGUAAAAAACCCAUUCUGUGCACCUUCCUUUAAAAGUGUCUGUGUUUUUAAUGAGUUUACAAAUUUUUAAUUAUUAUUAACUUUUUGUUGGGAAUUUUUCGAUAGUUUUCUCAUAAUAUUUGUUGUAUUUAUCAAAGGAAUGUUUUCAAAUAGUAGUUAAUCACAGUAAAUAAGUGCUACUUCAAUAUAGUAGCUUAAAUUAAUUGUUUAUUGUGUAUUUAAAGUCAUUAAAGAAAUACGUUGAACUUAAAUCGAGUACUUCAAAAAGUACAAAUUAGUACUACAAUGUUUUGAACAAAUUAAUUUAUUGAGUAGUAAGUUAUUUUUCAAAAUAAACUCUUUUUUUAAGUAAAGUUAAUUCUAAGCCAGAUAAUUAUUUUCAUACGCUUUAAACAUUCCAGAAACAUUUUUAAGCUGACUAAUUUACUUUGCAUUUUAAUAGUUUUGUAUCUUUUAAAGUACCUUGUAUGGAUCAUUAUAUUGUUAAGCUUUUGUUACUACUGUAUUCCAUGUUUAUAGAAAACCACUGUUUUAGCGUAUUUUUUCUACUGUUUGCUUAUGACUACCUCGUAUUCUUAAUUUUAAAAUACCGGUUGGCAAGUGCUUAUUAAAAAACGAAACAAUUAAUGUAAAUUAUCGAUAUUACUUUCUGUGGUGAAUGGCAGUGUAUUGUAACGUAUCAGUUGUGCAUUGUAACGUAACAUUUUUACAUUGUAACGUAACAGUUGUGCAUUGUAACGUAACAGUUGUGCAGUACGGUAGCUCCGUUUCAUAGUCAAUGUACAUAGCACAAGAAUAUUACAGUAUUGUUAUCAAUUAGAUAUGUUUUGUUGGUACUACUAUAGUGUGUUAGUUGUAUAUUUGUAAAAACUGGGUUUUGUCGGGAAUGUGUAAACUUUUGUUCUUGUUAAUUUCAAAAUUGUUCCAUUUGUAUCGUUGUAAUGCUUUAAAUUUUGAUAUACAAUUCCCUAUGUAUUGUGAAUAAAUUAGUAAUAGAAUAUAUAAAUUAUACUGAUGUUAUUUGA